CGCGCCGGGGGCUGAGGUGGGUGCCAGCCGCGUGGCAGAGGUGGCGUGACACGCGAGCAGAGUGCGGGGUCGCCGCGACGGGUGGAGUGGCGCUGGUGAGCCCGACCGGGAUCAGGUCAGCGACGCGGACUUAAGAACUCCAGCGCGUCGGCCCCAGAUGGCCGCGCUGAGCUCGUGAGUGUUUUAACAGGGACGCCAGAGGCUGGCCAUUGAACGGAGCCGCUCGUGGAGGUGAGACAUCUGGGCUUGCUGCGGCGAGACUGCCGACGAGCUGGUGCGAAGAUGCGGGGACUGACGUUGCUGCCCGGACCGCUCACGAUGAGUCUGCUGACCCUUGUGCUGCUGCUCUUAGGCGUUUGGGCGUGGCGGAGGCGCCGCUUCCUGAACGCGUUGAAGGAUGCCGGUGUGCCAGGUCCAGAGCCAGGCUUUUUCAUGGGGAACGUCAUGGAGUUCCGCUACGGCACCAGGCCGUGCCACCUGCUCAUAGAUGACUGGCUCAAGCAGUAUGGUGACUUCGUGGCGUACCACAUGGGCAUCCACCGCUACGUCGUGGUGAAGGAUCUGGACCUGCUGCGUGACGUCUUCAUCAAGGACUUCAAGCGCUUUUCCACGCGGCCACCGCCGUCGAUUUCUACAGAGGACUUUUCAAACUCAGUUCUACAAGUAGACCCACAGCGCUGGAAGCCGAUGCGCUCCCUCAUGGUCUCCUGCUUCUCCGCCUUCAAGAUGAAGCAGAUGUCGCCGCUCGUCAGCAAGUGCAUGGACACCAUGGAGGAGGUGGUGGACGCCAAGAUCACCCGCGGCGAUGAGGUCGACGUCCACGCUUUGUUCCAGGCGUUAACGUGUGACGUCAUCGCUGCCUGCGCGCUGGCACUGAAGGCCAACUGCCAGAAGGAUCCGAACGAUCCGUUUCUGCACCGCGUUCGCUUCUUCAUGGAGCACGCGUCCAACCCGAUCACGGAGUCCGCCUUCGCCUUCCCCGUGAUCGCCGACGUGUUCGGCCUCAUACUGAAGACGUUCGCCCUCUCCGAGCACAUGGUGAAGAUGAUCAACGACAACAUGACUCGCGUGAUCCAAAUGCGUCGCCAAGAUAAGCGGACGCGAUACCAGGACAUCCUGCAGGCCAUGCUGGACGCCAGCGGCGAGGGCGAGGGCAUCCACUCCAAGCUUCAGCUGACAGACCAGGAGAUCAAGAGCAACGCUCUGGUGCUGGUGUUGGCGGGAUAUGAGACCACGGCCAACGCGCUCACAUCCACCUCCUACCUGCUGGCCAAGAACCAACAUGUUCAAGAGAAGCUCUACCAGGAAAUCAGCGAGCAGCUGCCGGCCGACGAGGAGAUGCGGUACGACCAGCUAGCCAGCCUGCCGUACCUGGACCAGGUUCUGUGCGAGUCAAUGCGGCUCUACCCUCCCGUGGUGACCUUCGUGUCCCGUCACUCCCCCGAGCCGACCUCGCUCGGACCAUACAGGCUGCCGGCCGGCACCAACAUCCUGGCACCCGUCUGGUCGAUUCACCACGACCCUGCUGUGUGGCCCGAUCCGGAGAAGUUCGACCCGGAUCGCUUUAGUAAAGAGCAGCGCGAGGGACGCCACCCGAUGGCCUGGCUGGCGUUCGGCGCAGGGCCGCGCAACUGCCUCGGGAUGCGGUUCGGCAUGCUGGAGUCGAAGAUGGCGCUGGUGCGGCUCGUGCGCCGCUACCGCCUGGAGAUGGGGGAGAGCACGCCGCACGAGCUCAGCUUUGUCGUGCCCACGGUGACGCUGUGCACCAAGGGGGAGAUCAAGCUGAAUAUGACACCGCGGUAAGAGAGGCUGUGACGUAGACGCAUUGUUUCGUAGUCGGUCUGACGAGCAAAGACCGGUCCAAGCUAGAAACAUCGCAACAGGUUAAAGCUCGCCCGGUCACCGUGUUGUGAUUGAGGCCAUGUUAUGACCGAAAGUGGUCCAGUAGACGACUGUAGGAGCAAUGGGUAUGCUUGUGCGCGAAGUUUUGUCACGUCAGACGUGUGAUGAUCAUUUGGGCUUUGGGUCGCGCCGACCGCGAUGGUCAUAUGGCGCCCACAUCAGACGUGUGAGCGGAAAUGACAUAUGGAUGUGCUAAAAUUUGUGAGAGCUUGCGCUCUGUUUUAACGUGGCUUUCUUCCGUAUUUUGCGUGCAGAAUAAGUGUCUUUGGUAUGCUGAAGUAAAAUUUUCAUGGCAAUGCAGUGCACGCUGCAUGCGACAGAAAACAUUUUGAACACCUGUUUGCCAGUACGCGGCAUUGUAAUAUACACCUGAUGUGUACAGAUGCAGUGCAGCUUUUCCAUG